ACAUUACCGGAAAUGCGAGCGGCGGCGGUGCGCACUGCGCGCCGCGCGCGAGCAGUCUCUUUACGAGCGAACCAGAGCGAACAUUCUGCGCUUGCACGAGCUUCUACCAUUUGUGAGGGGAGAAGUUUUGGAUAGACACGAGUGUUGCUUUGCUGACUGUGAUGCGUAGACGUCAAGGUGCGGUUCCUUGAAAAGCGGUGUGCUGCGAGUGUCGGACACGGGUACGCGAUGGAGGAGCAAAUAGCAAAGACACUGAUUGAAACCGUUAACUUUGCUGCUAUAAAGCACAGGAAACAGCGCAGGAAAGACGAAGACGCAACUCCUUACAUCAAUCAUCCGAUCGGUGUUGCCAGAAUUCUUACUCACGAAGCAAACAUCUACGAUAUUGCAACUUUGCAGGCUGCGAUCUUGCACGACACAGUUGAAGACACAGAUACCACGUUUGAGGAGAUAGAGCAAAACUUUGGCAGCAGAGUGCGCUCCAUCGUGGAGGAAGUUACGGAUGACAAGAGCCUGCCGAAACAAGUCCGCAAACAGCUGCAGAUCGAACAUGCACUGGGCUGCAGCCGAGAGGCAAAACUCGUGAAGCUUGCCGACAAACUGUACAACCUGCGAGAUCUCCAGCGAUGCACACCUGUAGGCUGGAGCCGCACCCGAGUGCAGGAAUAUUUUGAGUGGGCCGAGAAAGUUGUGCAUGGACUCCGUGGCACCAACAAACCGAUGGAGGAUGCUUUGGACGAAGUGCUGAAGGUACUUCCUGCAAACAUCGAAAGGCAUAGCCACUCUGCGCUGCUGGUCAACACAAUUAGGACAUUUUUAAAGUUUUUCAAGCAUUAGGAAACACCAAAUACAACUAAAGAGCAUGCACAAUGACUAGUCUUGGAGCCCAGUGUGCAAACUGUAUACAAGGCAUAUAAUAUGUUACAUAGCUGUACUGUUGUAUAAAGAUUUUAGAAAUAUGAGAAGAAGAACCACUGUGACAACACCACCUGUUCCAUUCUUCCCAAAGCAUUGUCAUACAAGACCUUUUUGACAAAAUAUAGUGCAAAAAUGUGUAUGUUCACUUGUUCUUCAGUUCCUCGCAUUGUGUUAGACAAUCGUUGAUGUGAAAUGCAAUUUUGCAGAUUGAAAUGCACCAAUACAGGACGGCCACAAUCGAAUGAAUUAGGCAAUUUCAAAUUCAGUGCCCUUUCCUGGAACUCGCAAUGCAAAACACCCCACUCUUACAAAACCAAGUUUUCUACUGAGGUAUGUAAAUAAAGAGUGUUUCAGUGGCCACCAUGUGGAAGUGCACAAACAAGCAUGGUAAAAAAACCACCUAAUAAUCUGAUCCCCUAACUUUUGGCCUGUUUCUGAGACAGAUGUACAAGUUGUGAUCAGGGCACCACUGUGAUUUGAUUGAUUGAUGAUGGAGUUUAUAGGCUCAAGGGCCAUUGUUGGCCAAAAAGCGCCACGACUAUGAGUGUUAGGUAGCAGUGACAAAUGGGAUACAAAUUAUUAGUGUAACCUGGCUGAAAAGAGGCCUAAAAUAAAUCGCUGUAUAACUGCAUAAAAUAUAUAACGAUUAAAAGUAUGGCAACGACACAUAAGAUGGACAAUGCUUAUGUACGUCAUGGUCAAUAAGACGGAAAGGUGGGCUAGUUGGUUUGACUGCCUUGUGGAAAAUUGGUGC